AUGGUGUCUAUAGGUAUCAAUGUUACCCUCCGUGUAAUCUAAAUUUCCUCUUCAUAUAUAGCCUCGUGCAGCCCGGAUAAUCGACUCCCCGACUUCCCCGACUCGGAGUUAACCGCCUUAUUGGUUUAUCCGUUUCAGAACUCACUUUGAGUCAUGUGACCAAUUAUCCGCGUCCCUGUUCAAAAACCGAGAAUAAUCCUCACAUAAAACAAACAACUCAAUCGCCAGCACGAUGCCGUUAUUGAACUUGCCAAAUGAGCUUCUGUGGCUCAUUAGCUCCUUUUUGGAGCGCGAAAGCGAUCUGAAUUUCCUUAGGCAAACCGACACCUACACCAACUGUUCAACCGCGCUGUCUAUGAUCUAGAUGUUAAGAAUCCUUGGAGUUGCGCUUUAGAAUAAGCCGUGCGAAAUGGCUGUGAGGCGAUUGCGCAAAAAGCAAUCGAUGCGGGCGCCUCAGUAGAUAGCGAGAAAUACUAUGAAAGUCAACCGAUAAUGUUGGCUGUCGAAAAUGACGAUGAGGCUUUCGUGCGUCUGCUCCUUGAGAAGGGCGCGGAUCCCAAUAAAGACUCAUAUUGGGAUUGGGGGCUUAGCCCUCUUACCGAGACAUCGAGGCUUGGGCAUGAAUCUAUUGUCCGACUUUUGCUGGAACAUGGAGCUUCCUCAUACCGUCCUGAUAGUGCUCCCAUGACCUUUCCUGCAUUGCAGGUCUACAACAUGCCAUUGCCGAGCGCAGCAGAACAGGGGUACCUUGAGAUUGUCAAACUUCUCACAGGAGCCGAUCAUGAAAAGCGAUUUCGAGAUCUUAUUGGUCCAAUUGCAUUGACCCAAGCUGCUUUUGGUGGGCAUUUGACCAUUGUGCAACAUCUAUUCGAGGAGGGAGUUGAUCCGAAUCUGCACGAGUGGCAAGGCGAGAAUGACCCCAUUUCUUGGGCUUUUCAACAGGAUAUGCUUCGCCAUGGCGCAAACCCGAAUGGACAAGGAUAUUCUGGACUGCAUGGGAGUCCACUUUUCCCGGCAAUAACAAAUGGCUACCCGGAUAUCGUGCAAUGCUUCCUCGACCAUGAGGCGUAUCUGAGCUGCCCGGAGAACCAUACAUGCGAUUAUGAAGCGAAAGUUCUGUUUGGAGCAAUUCCAUUCAAGACCAUCUUCCCGCUCCUGCUUGACCUAGGCGCAAAUCCUGAGGCGAUAACCGAAGAUCAUGAGUACCCCCUUGCACAGGCACUCGAGUCUGGCCACAUUGCUAGGGACCAAUUGCUGCUAGACAGGGGGUCCAGUUACAAACACCUCCCGGGCUGGAUGCUUGGAGGGCAGGCUAUGGUGAAAUUCGUUAUAGCCCAAGGAUUUGUUUCCCUAGCCGAGGAAACAGAACGCGCAAUAUAUGUAACUGCCCAACAUGGCAGUCCGGCUCUAUUGAAAUUGUUUCUGGACCAAGCGGCAGACCAAGGCUGGUAUCCAAACGCAAGUGUCCUGUUGGAGACCGCAUUAAGGCACAAACUAGAUGAUGGAAAGACCAUGAUUGAUUUAUUACUCGAUCGCGGUGUUGACAUUGAUACACGGGAUCGAGAUAGUACGACUCUCUUAUUCAAGGCUGCCGAGCUUUGCCAUUGUGGAUUGAUUUCCUACUUACUGGAACAGGGCGCGGAUCCUAUAUCAAGAAACGGCUCUGGAGGUGUUUGUCCAUUGGUAGCUUCCGCGGCCAACAUGACAGCCAGUUCACUACCGACAACAACAUAUCUGCUGGGAUUUAUUGAGGAGCGGGGUAUUCCGUUGCAGGACUGGGAAGACCAGUUGAAGGUGAUAGAGGAGGCGACAUAUGAACCCUGGAAGGAUCAAGUUACACGGCUCCUACGCCGUUUGUACUGGAGAAAUUUAUAUCCUUUUCCGUCAGCAAAUGGGUUAAAAAGAAGACGGAACAGCAGCAGCGUCAGUGGCAGAGGAGUGAGGGGACAUCAGUAUGAUGAAGUCUGA